AUGGCUGCUCUGAUCGGCAGCUUUGCGCGUACCGAUCACUCUGCAUCUUCAAACAGGUCGCUGUUGCCGGCCCUAGCGUUCCGGCCACCUCAGCCGCAGCAAUCACCACAACGUCCGUCGACCUCCUGCCUUCAACAUCCAAAUUACAUGAAGCAUUCGGCUCCGCCGAAUCCGCACUUCACUGGCGGCAACGUUGCCGACCCCCAUCCCCCGUCGCCUCCCGGCAGCGUUCCGAAAGAGACGUCAACGCUAGCCCCAGCUGUCUCUGCUGACCGACCCGACGGCAUCAUCAGUGCACAUUUUCGGAAUCCCUCUCCUCCUAACUCCUCCUCGCCAACCAGCGUCAGAGUCGCCUCAUUCUGCACCCCCCCGGCGAGGGAUGGAAGCUUAGCGCACAUGGCAUCCACUGACGCCAGCACUGCCCAAGCGGGAGCCAUUUCUUCAUCCACACAAGCCUGCCAGACAGCUGUGCCCACCCCAAGUGCAGCUCGGCCUCCGCCCCCAACGAACGCCAUCCCCUCGCCUGCUAGCGACACCUACUACUACCCGCCAUGGACACCAUCAGGACCUGAUCCCGUGUCCACAUCCUCUACAUCACCAUCUUCACCACCGCCUGCCCAGCGCACGCAGAGGACAAUACGCAUUCGCAGCCUUAGUCACAUCGAAAAUCUUGCACAGCUUGAUGUUUCCACUGGUAACGGGCCUGGCAUUCUCAACGAUCCCCCACUCCAGGAUAUGAAAUUUGAGAUCAGCGACAUGCCUAUUGGUGACAUAAUCAGCAUGGUGGCCGCCCUUCUGACCAAAAUCACCACAACAAACGACCACCAGCAUGAUGCAUUAAAUCGUAUUGCAACUCAACAGCGGCAGGCCCAAGUCCACGGGGACGGGUCAGACACCCACGGAAGUCCCUUUUCAGCGUCUGUGCUCGCCUUCCAUGGCAAGAACGUUCCUGCAAUCACGAUUCUAAGCUAUCUCACUCGAAUACACAAGUACUGCCCUACCACAUAUGAAGUAUUUUUGAGUCUGCUUGUCUACUUCGAUCGCAUGACAGAACGUGUGAACGAUCUUGUCAUGAGGGAUGAGAGAGAGCAUAGGAAGAGUGCUAGCCUGCAGCAGCAGGGACAGCCAGACCAGCUGGAUAAGAAACACGACACGGUCCAAUCGCAUUCAGAGCUAGACGUCCAGAUGCGAGACGAGGGCGAGGAGUCGAGCCAAGGCGACGAAACUGACGAGGGCCUUGCCGACAGCGAUGAUGGCAAAGCUGUCUGCAACAGCACUUCUCACAAUGACGGACGUGGUAACAGUCCGCCUGCCCCUGUUCCACAUCCGACGACUUUGACCGCGACCUAUUUUGUAGUCGACAGUUUCAACAUUCACCGCCUCAUAAUUGCCGGUGUUACUUGUGCGAGCAAGUUCUUUUCGGAUGUCUUUUACACGAAUUCGCGAUAUGCAAAGGUGGGAGGACUUCCGCUUGCCGAGCUGAACCAUCUAGAGCUUCAGUUUUUGAUUCUCAAUGACUUCCGCCUUGCCAUUCCGCUGGAGGACCUUGAAGCGUACGCCACGAUGCUUGUCGAAUUUUACGCCCGCGAAGUUAUUGGCAAACGAGCGCGUCCAUCGGGGGCCUCGCAGACAUAG